GUGCUCAUAGUGUGUCGUAUUUUACAUUGUUUUAUUACGCGAUUCGAUGUGAUUAAACACGAAAACAAAAUAAGCAAUCGUAAUCGUGGAAGUGAUAAGAUAUCUGCAGUUAAUAGUGGUAAUAGUAAUUUAGUAUCGCCACUCGCUUUAAAGUGUUAGCUUGUGAUCUAUAUGAUUAUAUAAAAAAAAUCUGGAAAAAUGACUUUUUUAAAUAAAAUAGUUUUAGUUACGGGUGCAGGUUCAGGAAUCGGAGAAGCCAUUUCUAUAAAUUUUGCAAAAUUAUCGGCAAGGUUAUAUCUAAUUGAUAAAAACGGAGACGGUCUAAAGAAAACAGCGGAAGUGUGCGAGAAGUUGAGUCGUACUAAAGUAUUUACUGCGGUCGCCGAUCUUGCCGACGAUGAUCUCGUAGAAAAAGUUAUUAACAACGCAAAGAAAGAAUUUGGCAGAAUCGACGUUGUUGUCAACUGUAUUGGAAUUUGUAAACGGACAACAAUUCUGGAUCCAAAUAUAAUUCAGGUUUACGAUGAAGUUAUGAAGAAUAAUUUGAGAAGUAUCGUUCGUAUCACCAACUGUGUGGCACCGAUUUUAAUUGAAUCUCAGGGAUGUCUUGUCAAUAUAUCAAGUGUAUCGGCUGUCUUGACUUCUAAAGAAUUGAUUGUUUAUUGCACAUCUAAAGCAGCUCUAAAUCAUUUCUCAAAAUGCGUUGCUUUAGAAUUAGCCCCAAAAGGUGUCAGAGUCAAUUGUAUUUUAUCCGGACCGGUGGCUACGAAUAUUUUGAUAAACGCUGGAUCCAGCAAAGAAGAUAGCGACGCUGCUUGGAAAGGCGCAAAAGAAUUAGCUCCUUUAAAACAAUUGGUUAAAGCUGAUGAAGUCGCUGAAUUGGCUGCAUUUUUAACGAGCGAUAAAGCCAAAGGUAUAACUGGAUCGAUCUAUUCUGUAGAUUCCGGUUAUGGUCUGAUAGGUUGUCAAGAUAUACGUGAUUAGUGUCUGCACAAUUCAGUCAUUGUUAUGUAACUAUAACAACAGAGUUUUGCUAAAAUAUAUUUAUAUAAUGCAAUUGCAAUAAUUAACGUUCAAAGUGGUGUAAAAUAUGUUUUGUGAAAAUUCUUAAAGCCAUUGAACAUUAUAUUAUUAUAUUAUGCUAGUUUUAUAAUUUCCAUUUGCAAUAAAUACAUUGUAUUA